CAUAUUAUUUUGCAAUUUACACGUGUAUUACUUAAUUAAAUAAAUAAAUUGUUCACCAUGGAUGAAAUAGAAUAUAAGCUGAACACUAAUAACAGUGUCUUAAUAGUGAACGCCAUCGACAAGUUGAUCAGUACGAUAAAAUCAAAGUACAAACCUGCGGAACGUCAAAAGUUUGUUUUGGAGAACGAGGAACUAAAGUUUUUGAGGGAGAAAUGCUCAUCAAAGCAGAGCCUGGUCAGCCUGACGGCGUGUCAGGGGCUCUUGGCACUAGUGGAGCUCGGCGUCUUGGAAAUUGCACACACGAUGUCGACCGUAGUAACCUUACUGCCGAGCGCACAUAACUACUCAGCCAUAAUCUCCACAAUGGCUGGCCUCCUCAUCCUGGACCUCCGCUCCCGUCUGGUGCCUGGACAGCCAUACCGGUGCCAGUUCAGCCUGCGCUCCCCGCAGCACCCGUUCAUCAGUGUGAUGGAGAAGAAUAAAGAUGCAGAAGAUGAUGUGCUCACUCAGAUGCAUGCAUUGUGCACACAUCCGGAUUAUGUGGUAUCAUCAAACAGCCUGGAACUGCUCCGUCCAGUCUUCCUCUGGCUGACCUGCAAUCCUCAGCGGCAGUGUUCACUUCGCCCUUGGCAGCUGUUGCUAAGCCUGCCGAACUCACAGGCCCAGAAUGACUUACUGUUGGCCUGUAUCAGUUGUCAACAGUUCAACAAUCCGAAAUUAGUGGAGAGCGCGUUUUCGGCGUACUCCGCCGUCGCUGACAACGCCAUCUAUCAGCAGCGCACUAAUCACGUGAUGGCGCUGCUGCCCCUCCUAGCUAGGGUCGCCAACGAGCUGGUUGCUAAUGGCCGCGACCCUCGAGCGUGCUACACAGUAAUAGAGCGGGGCUUCGCAACGGACUCCCCGGGGCUACGCGCAUGUGCCGGCCUCACCGUGACUCUAUUAGCACGCGACUUGCCCCGCAGUUCUGCGCUACAUCUGCAUUCGCUCUGUAACUUAUGUCUCAACAUAAUAAGCAAAUACGAAGUUUCGACCUUAUCCCUAAGCACAUUUGCAUCAUUAUCCCUCCAAUGGCUUCACCUACCUUCGCACCUCACCGCAUCCGCCUUAAAAACCGCCUCGAAAAUUCUAGAAAUCCACCAAAGCGCUAAACCAGACUCCAGACUUUAUCUUACAAAUUUAAAAGCGAACCAGACGUUCCAACAUUUACUUAAUACUGAUCGUCAGUUGUUUAUUAUUUUUAAAAUCCACGAGGCUUGGGAGCGCUUAAGAGACGACGCGGAAAAAAUGAACGCGUGGCUUGAUUCUUUCGAAUCUGUGAGCGACGAUUUGAAAAUGGAACUGUCGCCGUUUUUCUUCGGUUUGAUUAUGGAGAAUAGACAAGAUUGGUAUGAGGAUAUAGUUUUAAAGGCGUUGAGGGUUGUGGUGGGGUUAGUGGGUGGUCGGAAGGAGGUUUCGGUGCAGUUGUUGCCUGUGCUGUUGUAUAAGAUAGCGAAUGAUGUUUCGCCGAGGGUCAAGUUGGAGUGUUUGAAGGCUUUUCCGCUGAUGGCGAAGACGAAGGAAAACGUGCCGACUAUAGUAUCCAUAUUGAACAAGUUGAAGGCGAGCAAGGGAGUGCCGACAUCAUUCCUCAUCAUGCUCUAUACUAGCUUGGCUGAAACACAGUCGCGCUGUUUCCCGUACCUAAAGGAACUGCUGGUGGAAACCACCUGCAGACCAGACGAUCUAAAGUGGGAGGUGGAACUAGCGAGGGCUAUAGCUGUCAAGCGGAUCUGCGAGAUCAGGGCAUCAUCCCACGGCCUAGAGUUGGUCUCCGUGAUCUCAUCAACUCUCAACCGCUGUACGGACAAAAGCAGCGCUUUAGCAGCAGCGGCAGCAUUGGCAGCAUUAGCGGCUCUGUGGCGAGGGGCGGCGGUCGCGCCACCUAGUGCGUGGCAGGCGCUCAAACAUAAACUGAGACCUGACACGAGGACACAGGUUCAGAUCGCUCUAUGCGAACUGCUAUCCGAAAUUCCCGGCCUCCGAGCGUCCACGCCGGAAUACGACACCCUUAUAUCCGAGGCGGCGCGCGAACUAUGGAGACUGGUCGCUGAAAGCCACCAACCUGCUGUUGUAGGUGCCGCCUGUUUGGCCCUGUCAAACUAUAAGCUUGAGGAUUACAAGCUUAAAGACAUUCCUGAGAUAUACAGACGGACGGUGAAACUGCCAGCCUCUUACUGCAAGACCCCGGCUGAUGCGGCCAGGAACCCUGAAGACGUGCUGGACUACAUACCGUGUGAGAUCUGGCCAGAGGUCUUCAAGUACACGAACCAGGCAGCGCUACCGAGCGUCGGCCAGUUGGCGAGCAAACUGAUCGAGCGGGAAGUGCGCGGGUACAGGAGCGGCGUUUAUCAGGUGGCAAACCGCGCCGAGCCGACCACCGCCGAGUACCUGCCGCCGCACAGCGUCGUCCGUGGGCUACUCGACUGCUUCCGGAGACAGGCAACAAAUCCUUCAUACGACUUCCCUGAACCAGUUCUUCUGGCCAUCCUCUCAGUGCUGUCCUCGGAGUAUCCACGCCCUCUGCCUCCAUUGGAACUGUCCUGGUUGCACGGCGCCUCCGCCCUCGGCCGCGCGUGGCGCGCCGGCGCGCGGCGGCUGGCGGCGCGGGCCGUGGGGGCGUCGGGGAGGAGAGUAGUAGAGCUGUAUCUUAAAGAGGUUGAAGAGGGACACAUAGAGGAAUCCGAAGUCCUAGAACUAUUCGAGCUCCUCCCGAUCCUAUGCCGCAACACGCCCCCCAACACCCUCCGUUCCCCCCUCGAGCGCUGCCUCCACGAAGCCUACCAGGACACACUACACAAAAAGAACUCUAAGCAUACCGACACAGAGGCGCUUUUCGCUAAGCAAAUGGAGUGGAUAAAGGCCUGUUUGGAGUGCGAUAAGAUACAUGACGCCAAUAGGACUCUGCUGUCGCAGUUCGUGGAGAAUUAUUAUAGUAUUAUUGAGGAUGAUAAUGUGGCAUGGUCAUCAUUCGCCGGGACCUGCUGUGCACUCUCCAGCAAAUAUCUAGAACGUAUGACCUCCCCCUCCAGCUGGUGGGAGGUGAGCGCGAGCGCGCUGCGCCGCGCGGCGAACGUGCGCGGCCGGCUCGCCGAGCACGGCGCGAAUUCGCUCGUUUGGCUCAACGAGAUCAUUGACGCGCAGGCGGGGCAGAUCACAGAACAAGAAUAUUCGCUGCGCUGCAUGGCGCCCGCUCUACUGGCGGCGCGGCCGGACGAGGAGGCGCGCGAGUGGCUGCUGCAGCUCAUGGCGCGCACGCAGGUCGCCUUCACACAAUCCGAAGACCCAUCCUCGAAACUGUAUCUCUGCGACGUAUUCGCCCUGAGUGUAGCAGCUUUCAGCGGUUACGCGGCGUGUGUGAGCGGGACAGGUGACGCCUCGAGCCGCGCGUGCAGGACGGAGCUAAUGCCUCCUGCCGUGGCCGCGUUGUGCGCGCGGCCCGCUUGGAGGGACCAUGUUAAACAGAUGCUAGAAUGGCUGUGUCACACCCGGGACUCGAGCCCAGACCCCGGCCUGGCGCAGGCGAGCCAGCGGGCGCUCCUAGCUCUACGACACACGCCUGAGUUCCACCGCAUAUGGACCAGACUAGAGAGCUACUUCGGCCGACAUGUAAGCAGUGACGACUGAACAUAAUAGUGUAUGCGUUUCAAAGACUGUUCAUGCUUCCUUUUUAUAUAAAAUGUUAAG